CACACACACACACACACACACACACACACACACACGCUCAUCGUGUGCUGAGCUGAGCGGGGAGUAUAAAAGGGGCUUCCUUCCAACUCAGCGGAGAAGUGCUCUCCUCACUCUCACACACUCCUCUACGCGACGAACGUCUUCUGUCAAGAUGACUGCAGGGCUGUGUGUGUGUGUGGUGCUGGUUGUCCUGUGUACGAGCUGUUCGGGGCUCCCGCUCUCCCCUCAGCCUCUGGACGGGGGCCGCCGCUCCCUCCCCCCCUCCUCCCCCUCCGAAGCCCUCCUCGAGGCUGGCAGCCACAGCUCGGGGGGACCCCACCUCCGACACAGGCGCUCUGCCCCUCAGCUGAAAGCCCUCCCCGCGGCUGACGAGGACCCCAACUCGCGGGCGAACCUCAGCGAGCUGCUGGCGAGACUCAUCUCCUCCAGGAAAGCGUCCGUGCGCAGGAACUCCACGGCGGGCAGCAGAGGCAGCGGCCUGAGCGCCAACCACCGGAUAGCGGACAGGGACUACCUGGGCUGGAUGGACUUCGGCCGCCGCAGCGCCGAGGAGUACGAGUAUUCCUCGUAAGGAGGGGAGUCAGCGCAGGCGAAGGAGGGGCAGGAGGAACACACCCACGCAAGCUGGCUCAUCACCGUCCCACAAUAAGAGUCUAUUUAUGAUGUAUUUGUUGUACAUUCGUUUGUAAGACUGUAAUAAUGCAAUAUACAUAUGCCAAAUUUUGCAGAAAAGCUCUGAUUGUCCAAGGUUCGUUUGUUUCUGGUUUUCUCGGUUAUCUUUAUUAUUUUCGGGUGGAAAGGUUUAGGAUAGUGUGGGGGUCUGUGGAAUAACUGGGCUGAAUAAAGACUGAAAACAUCA